UCACUUAUCUCCCCAUCAACACAAUCACCCACACAGCCACACUCUGCUUUCAAUUAUUCCGGUGACUGUAAAUCUUUUUGACUCACCCAGUUCGCCGGCUUUGAGCCCGUUCUUCCGGCGAAGUCUUCACCUAGUUGACUGUUUGACCGGUUUGAUCCCGGUUAAACGGCACCCAAUUCGCCCAUUCACUUCAGCUAAAACAAUGCUUACAAGUUACAAGAGCAGCACAAAAGCCCAGCAAUACGUAAGCAUAGUUAGACUUGAAGAUGGACUAAAGUUAGUUUGCUAAAUACUCGGAAUGUCUCUAGUUAAAUAAGGUAAUUAAGGCGUUUCGAUAUCUCGAGUCCUUAAUCAUGCUUCAUGACAGUGGAAAUCGAAAUGGGUCUGAAACAUCUACCUCCACAGCUGGAUUGUCACAGAGUUGUUGUCGAUUCGAGUUUGAUGAAAUUCUGUUAGCAACAGAUAAUUUUAAUGAGUCAUUAGUGGUGGGGGAAGGGGGUUUUGGGAAAGUAUACAAAGGCAAUAUUAGCAUAGGAACGACCCGUGUUGAUGUUGCAAUCAAAAGGUUGGAUUUGAUGUCAAAUCAAGGGGAGAUGGAGUUUUGGGCGGAAGUUGAAAUGCUUUCCAAGUUGCGUCAUGCUCAUUUGGUGUCUUUAAUUGGUUACUCGAAUUAUGAAAAUGAAAUGAUCCUUGUGUAUGAAUACAUGCCCAACGGAACACUUGAGGAUCAUCUACAUAAAUUCCAUAUCCAUCUUUCUUGGCUUGAGCGACUCAAGAUUUGCAUUGGUGCGGCCCGUGGUUUAGACUAUCUUCACACUGGUACAGGUAUUGAGUUCGGUGUUAUACAUAGAGAUGUCAAGAGCUCAAAUAUUUUGUUACAUGAAAGUUGGGCGGCAAAAAUUUCGGAUUUUGGGUUAGCUAGAAUAGGUCCAACAAACCAACCAUCAACUUAUGUCAACACACUAGUUAAAGGCACUUUUGGGUAUAUUGAUCCAAACUAUUUUGCCACCGGAAAGUUGACAAGAAAGUCUGAUGUGUAUGCUUUUGGGGUGGUAUUGUUUGAAGUGUUGUGUCAAAAGAGACCAUUGGAUAAGACUUUUGAAUAUGGUCUAGCAACAUGGAUACAAGAUUCAAUUAAAGAAGGGAACUUAAAGCAAAUAGUUUAUUCGGGUAUACGUAGGGAGAUAUCUCCAAAAUGUUUAAAAGGGUUUGCUCGGAUAGCCGAAAGAUGCUUGGAUAAUCAUCCAAAUCGACGUCCUACCAUGACUGAGGUUGUUUUUAAUCUUGAAUCUCUACUGGCUCAAUCCGUGUUAUCCUUGCAACAGAAAACCAAUAAUUGGUUGCAAACACCAGGCAAGAUGAUAUUUGGAAGAAUAUUUGAUGUGUUUUCCUUUAGGGCCCCUGUUGAAAACUCAGAGUUUUUGGGAAUUGAUGCUAAACCAUACACCUUUAGUUAUAGAGAGCUCAGAGAUGCAACAGGUAAUUUUAGUACUGCAAAUAAGCUUGGCGAGGGAGGUUUUGGACCUGUUUAUAAGGGUGCACUAAAUGAUGGGAGACUAAUAGCUGUUAAGCAGCUCUCCGUUGCUUCCCACCAGGGAAAGAGUCAGUUUGAGGCUGAAAUUGCAACCUUAUCUGUUGUCCAACAUCGUAACCUUGUGAAGUUGUACGGAUGCUGCAUUCAUGGAGUGAACCGGCUUCUUGUGUACGAGUAUCUCGAGAACAAGAGUCUUGAUCAAGCAUUAUUUGGAAAAUAUAGCUUGUCUCUUAGUUGGUACACCCGCUUUGAAAUAUGCCUCGGGGUAGCACGUGGUCUUGUACAUCUGCAUGAGGAAUCUCGAACUUCGAUUAUACACCGAGAUGUUAAAGCUAGCAACGUUCUACUUGAUUCUCAUAUGAUCCCCAAGAUCUCAGAUUUUGGUUUGGCCAGACUUCACGAUGACAACCAAACACACAUGAGUACACGCGUUGCUGGCACAAUUGGGUAUCUCGCACCAGAAUACGCAAUGCGUGGACACCUUACAAAAAAGGCUGAUGUAUUCAGCUUUGGAGUUGUAGCUUUAGAGAUUAUCAGUGGAAGGCCUAAUUCUGAUUCAACUUUAAAAGAUGAGAAAGUAUAUCUUCUGGAAUGGGCAUGGAACUUGCAUGAAGCUGGUACCGAACUUGAGUUAGUGGACAAAAAGCUGUCUGAAUAUGAUGAAAAUGAAGUAAGAAGAGUGUUGAAAGUAGCCCUCUUAUGCACCCAAACCUCACCAACGCAACGUCCAUCAAUGUCACAAGUAGUGGCAAUCCUUUCAGGAGACAUAGAAGCUACUGGCGUUAUUACUCGGCCCGAGUACCUUGUAGAUACAUUUCUGGAUGACAGUGUCGUAGAUUCGCGAUCAACUAGUUUCCAAUCAAGUGCCCCUACUUUCGAGAAAAGAAAUAAAUCGGCUAACACAAGUUAUCAAGGGACAUCUACCUCCGAUAACAAUCUUUGUCCCAUCUGCAUAACUGUCAAAAAGGAUAUGGCGUUUGGCUGUGGGCAUCAGGGCAGGCCCAUCACAUUACAGGCUCCACAGGUGCAGGACUGGUGGUUCUGGGGGUUCGUCAUGCUAUGCUGACUCAAUAGAGUAUGAUGUGUUGAAGAAUAAAGUUCAGGCUCCAUCUUCCAUUUGGUGUUCAUUGGGCUCGUUUUAAAGCAACGGAAGCCUACCUCAAACAGGUGGUAAUGGGCCGGGUGCAGAAAGAACUAGAUAUUAGUAUAUUACAGGCCGUGUACUAAUAGCCAAUGUGAUUGCAUAGAACUGAAGAAGCAAUUGUCCGUCAGACUAGAUGUUGUCCGUCAGACGAUGGUAUGCACCAAGUUCAUAUCUCCUGCAGGAAAAUGGUGUUAUAGUUGAUGGACAACAAGCUUUUAGUUGUGAGUUUGUGAUGAAAUGGGCUGAAGUGAACAGUAUUAUAUUCUUCCUUUCUUGCGUAGGUACCAAAGCGAGCAAUUUAUACUCCCUCAUAACACUUAUUAACUGAUGAGUGAUGACCAUUUGUUCAUUUUUGCUAAUCGGGAUACGAUUCUGUUA